UACCUUCAACGCCGCAAUUCUCGUGAAAACUUGGAUAGGUUCAUACCGAAUAGAUCAGCCAUGGAUUUCGAUUAUGCACAUUACAUGUUGACAGAAGCAAAAAAAGGUAAGGAAAACCCGGUGAAGUGCUCACCGUCUUCCGAAGCGUACAAGAACCUUUUGGCGGAAACCUUCAACAUGAACAGAACCCGGAUUCUUGCUUUCAAGAACAAGCCACCCACGCCCACUGAAGCGCUUCCCAGCGCUUGCUUUUCUCCUGUUCAGCAAUCGAAACCUGUGAAACCAAGAAGAUACAUUCGACAGACUGCGGAAAGAACAUUGGAUGCACCAGAUAUUAUAGAUGAUUUCUACCUGAAUCUGUUGGAUUGGGGAAGCAGCAAUGUUAUUGCGAUUGCUCUUGGAUCAACAGUGUAUCUGUGGAAUGCUAUGGAUGGUAAUACAUCAGAGCUUUUCACUGUAGAUGAUGAGAGUGGCCCAGUGACUAGUGUCAAAUGGGCACCUGAUGGACGUCACAUUUCAGUAGGUCUAAACAACGCCGAAGUCCAGCUUUGGGAUUCGACAGCUGAAAAAUUGUUGAGAACCAUCAGAGGCGGUCACCAAUCUCGGGUUGGUGCGUUGGACUGGAACAAGCACAUCCUCACUACAGGAGGAAUGGACGGACGGAUUGUAAACAAUGAUGUUAGGAUCAGAUCACCCAUAGUUGAAACCUACUCUGGACACCACCAAGAAGUUUGUGGCUUGAAGUGGUCAGCCUCUGGUCAGCAGUUAGCUAGUGGUGGAAACGACAAUCUUCUUCACAUUUGGGACAGAUCCAUGGCUUCUACGAAUGCCCUAACUCAAUAUCUUCACAGGCUCGAGGAUCACACUGCAGCAGUGAAAGCUCUUGCUUGGUGCCCAUUCCAAGCUAAUCUUUUGGCUUCCGGAGGUGGUGGUGGUGACAUGUGUAUCAAGUUUUGGAACAUGCACACUGGUUCUUGCCUGAACUCAGUGGACACUGGGUCACAAGUGUGUGCACUUUUAUGGAACAAGAACGAACGUGAGCUGCUGAGCUCACAUGGGUUUACACAGAACCAGCUGACACUAUGGAAGUACCCCUCAAUGGUUAAGAUGGCUGACCUUACUAGCCAUACUUCAAGAGUUCUUUUCAUGGUACAGAGCCCAGAUGGAUGUACAGUUGCUUCAGCUGCAGGAGAUGAGACAUUGAGAUUGUGGAAUGUUUUUGGGAGACCUGAGGUGGCUGCUAAAGCUGCUCCUAAAGCUAGCCCGGAACCGUUUGCUCACGUGAGCCGUAUUCGUUAGCUAACUUGGAACAUGUGGAGUGCAUAGGUGGACAGCAAAUAUACACUGUAAAAAAGACACAAGCUGUAGAGAUUUAUAGCAUAGGUGGACAGUAAAUAUACACUGCAAGAAAGACACAAGUUGUAGAGAUUUAUCCAUCAAAUAUAUAAUACUAACAGAAAGUAUAUAAAUGUGAGUACUCAUGAGGUGGUUCAGCAACAAAAAGAUUAGUAAGAGUUUUUAGCAAGUUUUGCAGCUUGUCCUCUACAUGAUUUUAUUUUAUUUAUCCUUUGUAAAGAAGUUAAUUUUGUGAAGUAUUUUCAAUUUCUUUUAA